AUGGCCCCGAAGCUCCUGCUCCUCCUCUGCCUCUUCUCUGGCUUGCACGCGCGGUCCAGAGAGGUGGAGGAGGAUGAAAAUGAAGACUCAUCAUCCAACCAAAAGUGGGUUUUGGCUCCAAAGUCCCAAGAUACUGACGUGACUCUCAUCCUCAACAAGUUGCUGAGAGAAUACGAUAAAAAGCUGAGGCCAGACAUCGGGAUCAAACCGACCGUCAUCGAUGUCGACAUCUAUGUUAACAGCAUUGGUCCCGUGUCAUCUAUAAACAUGGAAUACCAGAUCGAUAUUUUCUUCGCUCAGACCUGGACGGACAGCCGCCUCCGGUUCAACAGCACGAUGAAGAUCCUCACUCUGAACAGCAACAUGGUGGGGCUGAUCUGGAUCCCGGACACCAUCUUCCGCAACUCCAAGACGGCGGAGGCGCACUGGAUCACCACCCCGAACCAGCUCCUGCGCAUCUGGAACGACGGGAAGAUCCUCUACACGCUGAGGCUCACCAUUAACGCAGAGUGCCAGCUGCAGCUGCACAACUUCCCCAUGGACGAGCACUCCUGCCCGCUGAUCUUCUCCAGCUAUGGCUACCCCAAAGAAGAAAUGAUUUAUAGAUGGAGGAAAAACUCGGUUGAGACCGCGAACCAGAAAUCCUGGCGGCUUUAUCAGUUUGACUUCAUGGGCCUCAGAAACACCACGGAAAUUGUGACCACAUCGGCAGGCGACUACGUUGUCAUGACGAUCUAUUUCGAACUGAGCCGACGAAUGGGCUACUUCACCAUUCAAACGUACAUCCCCUGUAUCCUGACCGUGGUUCUGUCCUGGGUGUCGUUUUGGAUCAAAAGAGAUGCGACGCCGGCAAGAACAACAUUAGGGAUCACCACAGUGCUGACCAUGACCACGCUCAGCACCAUCGCCAGGAACUCCCUGCCGCGCGUGUCCUAUGUCACCGCCAUGGACCUCUUCGUGACCGUGUGCUUCCUCUUCGUGUUCGCCGCCCUGAUGGAAUACGCCACCCUCAACUACUACUCCAGCUGUCGGAAACCGACCGCCACCAAAAAGAAAACGUCGUUAUUACCUCCAGAUUCCUCAAGAUGGAUUCAUGAGCGAAUAACCCUACAAGCUCCCUCCAACUAUUCGCUCCUCGACAUGAGGCCGCCGCCAGCCACGAUGAUCACGUUCAACAACUCCCUGUACUGGCAGGAGUUCGAGGACACCUGCGCGUACGAGUGUCUAGACGGCAAGGACUGCCAGAGCUUCUUCUGCUGCUACGAGGAGUGCAAGUCGGGCUCCUGGAGGAAGGGGCGGAUCCACAUAGACAUCUCGGAGCUGGACUCGUACUCCCGGGUCUUCUUCCCCACGUCCUUCCUGCUCUUCAACCUGGUCUACUGGGUCGGGUACCUGUACCUCUGA